UCACACACACACACACACACACACACACACACGCACACACACAGAGAUGGCCACUGUGAACGGAGGCACCAUCACUCUCGGUCUGGAAAUCAGUCUGGUUCUAUUGUGUGUCGGUGCCGCCGGUGGCUGUACCGUCUUGGUCUUUCAACCACCUUUCCUGGAAGUGGACCACACGCAAAAGGCCGUUACCAUCCAGUGCUCCUUCUCCACGGUGGGGUGCCCUGCGGAGCAGCCCAGGAGCCUGUGGUUUCGCUAUGGCACUCACCAGCCCGAGAACCUGUGCUUGGAUGGAUGCAGAAGUGAGACAGACAAAUUCACGGUUGGGACUUCGGCCCAAAACCAAGUUUCCCUCACCGUGAACAGGGUGGCCCUCAAUGACAGUGCCAUCUACAUCUGUGGAAUAGCCUUUCCCAGUUCGAAGGAGCCAAAAGCUAAGCAAACCGGAGGAGGGACGGUGCUGGUGGUAAGAGCAAUGAAGGUUCUCAGCAAGGAACUGCAGAGUCUGCUGACAGCGAUCUUGUCGCUGCUCUCUAUCUACAUUAUUGGUGUCCUCGUGAUCUUCGUCAUCCUCACCAAAUCAAAAUCUAAAACUCUGAGAAAAAAAGAAACAGAAGAUUCACAAAAGAAAAAGAGUGUUCGACGUAUUUUUCAGGAAAUUGCUCAAGAGCUAUAUAGUAAGAGAAACAUGGAAACAUGCCAACAACCUGAGAAAGAUAACACUUAUGAAAACAGAAGAGCAGUUUCUAACUAUGAAAGACCAUAGAAAUCUUUUUUUGAUUUUCAAUUAAGUCACGGAAGAUCCAACGCCAGAAGUUAUGGAAGUCAUACGUAUGGACAUAUACCCAUCAGGGCCUUAAAAAAAUUUAAGGUAAAUGGAAAAGUCAACUGGCUACAAGAAGGAUCCCGGGGUAUAAGGAAACUCUUACUAAAAGUAAUGAAGAAAAUACUUAAAAAAAAAAAUUGUAACUGAAAAAUAACUUUCCUAAUUUGCUAAAAUUCUAAGCAAAUGUCUUCAAAACCUUCCAUUUAUAGCAUAUAUCCUAUAUUUAUCUCAUUCAACAUACAAGGUGCACCACGUCAUGAUUGUUACCCUGAAGAUUUAGUCACACCAUGUGUCUCAGUCUUGUGUAGGAUUUUUUUUUGGGGGGGGCAAACCCCGGGAAUGAAAGAAUUGCUUUUAAAGUUUGUAGAAGUGAGGGGUCACUUAGACUAAGUUGGGAGAGAACGAGGAAUGGAGGGGGGGGGGAACGUGACAGAACUUGAAGGAGCCAAAAUCAUCUUGAAAAGUAUUUUGGAGCAAAAAUCAUGUCCUCUGGUAUUGCAAUGGAGCGAUGGUACAACGCACAUCUUCCUGCCAAGGUGUAUACAUCAUGCUACCAGCAAAAAGUGAGACGAGGAGUGGGGAGAGAAGAGAGUAAGAACACAAAAACUAAAACACGGAAAAUCCAAAGCCGAAGGUUCAACAGAGAAAACCUCAGGACAAAUAUGCCACAACCGACCCUAGGUGUCAGUCUUGUGCCAGAUGACAGCGCCAGAGAAGGAUCCGGCCACGCGCUGCACCUGACAAUGCCUUUAAGAGACUGAUUUUUCACCAACGAGACAGAGGGAAAUGACAGAUGAGGGGCUGGGUACAGUAAGGAUGUUUAGAGACCUCAUUGCCAUCUCACUGAGUAAACGUGUUAUGGAUUGUUCUCUGAAGUUACUUCAGUGUUAAAAAAAAAAAUCGAUUUAAAGCACCAAGUACAUGUUCAUUAUUAAACAUGAAUUACUACCUAUUA